AUGUCGCUCUCUGGUCUCAUCCCCGCGCUCGACAACAGCUUUGGCGCUAUCUUCAUUGGCAUGGUCAUCGCUGGCGGCCUAUGGGGAAUCACCACUGCCCAGACGUACUGGUAUUAUACGACGUACCCCAAGGAUCCAUUGGGAUGGAAACUUCUGGUUGCCGUUGUAUGGGCGCUGGACACCGUCCACCAAGCACUGAUUAGUAGUCUAUUUUGGAUCGCCAAGGCCGCUACAAGAAUAAGCAUCACGGACGCGAACAACCGCUACCAUACACUCGUGCAAUAUGCACAAGGCUCCGCCAUGGCGGGCGACAUCCUGCUGGCCGGCACGAUGCUGUACGCCAUCAACACUGGAGCUGUUACCAGUCUUUGCGCCAUCUUGACGCUCAUGUGUGUCCUGGCCUUCCCGGGAACGUAUAUCUAUGGCGCCUUCUACUUCUGCGUUGGUAGACUAUACGUCAAUUCGAUGUUGGCCUCGUUGAACGCGAGGAAGCCGCUCAUGAAGAACGCAACGUUCCUCGAGAUGUCGGUGACAGGUGAUUCGUCGGGACACUCUCACUCAAAGAGCCAGACGCAUGGAGAGAUUGGAAAGAAGUCCUUCAACCAGGCCACUACGUACGAAGAACCCAAGCUCGGUGUAUACGUCAACACCACGAAAUCAACAGUGCUCGACAUCGCAUAA